AUGCCUGAAUUAAAUAAGGUGGCUGGUGACUGCCUUGAUUUUGGCAAGCUCUUUGAUGGUCUUUGCGGUCAAAGAAAAUCCGGAGAAAGGUGUCCUGUGGAUCGUAACAAGUAUGCGCAGCUGGGAAUCAGUGCGUUUUCCAAAUGUGUGCGUUAUGUGUGAUCAUUACCACACACAAAAAAAGUGAUCGAGAGUGACGUUCUAGAUUUGGGAACUUUUUUCUCUCGGCAAAUUUUUUGGAGAUUGAAGAACACCCUUAUUAAUGUUGUGUGGGGAAAUCUUCUGCAUAGUCUCUUCUCAACAUUCUUCAAGAGAAUGAUCAUAGAUGAUUCAAAGUUAGUUGAUGUCAUAGUUAAGCAAGGUGUCGAAGUUACAUGUGAUAAACAUUUAAAUUUAAUUUAUGUUGACUUAAUUUAUGCCAACCAAUAGCAGAACUGUUGCUAUAGAGACAAAGGUCAUACGAUUUAUAGCUCGAACACGAUACGACUCACAAGCUCGAACACGAUACGAUUUAUAGUUUUUUGUAUAGAGUUUUACGUUCAUAUUUUAUACCAAAUGUUCAAGAAAUUAUAGAAAUAAAUACGAUAUUCAAUACAUGGCGCCCAAUGUGGAAAAGCCCGUUCAGUUUAACGAUUAAAACAACGAUUAAAGCCGAGGAAUAAACGCGAUUGCAACGAAAAUUAUCGACAGACGAGAAGCAUUGUUUAUACAACGAGAUUUAUAUCGAUCAAUAGUAACAACGAUUUUCAACGAUGUCAACAGAAACCGAAGAGAAAUUGAAACUUAAACGAUUACAAAUGAGACGACAGGGUUAUCAACGAAAUUGAUGAAAUUUGUGAAGCAGAAAGCUACGAUUACGAAAGAAUUCAAGUCAUAGAUCAACACUUACAAGAUAAACUAAAAUUACUCAACGAAUUAAACGAAAGCAUCUUAUUACUUUGCGAUGUCGAAGAAAUAACACACGAAAUCGAGGAAUCAGAAGAAAUAAACGACCGAAUCCUAUCUAAACGAAAGAAAAUAGAGACAAUCUUAAAAAAUGGCGACAAAGUUCACAGUAAAAUUAACAACAUCGAAACUCAAUCAACCGGAAGUAUUGAAACUCAACCAACUGGAAGUAGCGAAACUCAACCAACCGGAAGUAGCGAAAACCAACACGUAAUUAACGACGUAAUUCCAACAGUUGAAGGGCAACAACAAGAAUCUACAGCUAUGGUUGAACUGCCAAACACAAAUGUGGAACAACAACAUUCUAUGAAUUUACAAUCUACACAAGUUAAUCAGCAACAUUCGAAUUCUGCAACUAAGCCAAGGCUGCCAAAGAUCACGUUGCCUCGGUUUAAUGGAGAAGUGACCAAAUGGAAUACAUUUUGGGACUCGUUUAAUUCUGCCAUACAUACCAAUACUGACAUUGCCAACAUCGACAAGUUCAACUACCUAAAGUCAUUAAUCGAAGGCCCAGCAGCUCGAGCAAUACAAGGACUAACUUUGACUAAUGACAAUUAUGAGACUGCAAUAAAGAUAUUGGAAGAACGCUUUGGAAAACGACAACAAAUUGUGAGUGCACAUAUGGACGAACUGUUAAAGAUCCCAAGCUGUACAAGUGACAAGUUAGACACUCUGAGGUUAGUUUACGAUAAGAUAAGCGUGCAUACAAGGGGAUUAGCAACUCUGGGUAUUUCUGCUGAUCAAUAUGGCAGUUUGUUAAUUCCUGUCAUCAUGUCUAAGUUGCCAAAUGAAAUUCGUCUUCAAAUUGCGCGAAACUCGACACAAGAUGUAUGGAAAAUUGACGAACUGUUAGGUAUUAUUAAGAAAGAAGUAGAAGCGAGAGAGGCGUCUGAAAGAAUCAAAGCUGAUGAACACGUACGACAACAGGGUAGUAAAUGGCAGGGACAUAAACCGACUGCCAGAUCCUUCUUAUCGAAAGACGACCAGAAUUAUACUGUUCGCUGUGCUUAUUGUAAGGAACUUCAUUAUUCCGCAUCCUGUACGAAGGUUACUGAUCCAGAAAAGCGACAAGAUAUUCUUCGGAAUACCAAUCGAUGUUUUAACUGUCUUAGAAUUGGUCAUCACGUUUCUAAUUGCCAAAGCUCCAAGGGUUGUAGACAUUGCAAGCAAAAACACCACCAAUCCAUUUGUAACACCUUGAAAUCCCCAAUCCCUGACAACAAGUCCGACCGCAACAAAACAACAGAGGAAUCAAAGGGAACCACAACUACAAGUAACGUGCGAAGCAAGGGAACAGUGCUUCUUCAAACAGCGAGAACUACAGCAACUAAUUCCAAUGGAUCAAGAUCAACAAAAGUAAGAGUCCUUUUCGACAGCGGAAGCCAACGAUCAUAUAUCAGCAACAGCCUCAAAACAAGAUUAAACCUCAAACCUGUGAAGAAUGAAACAUUAAACUUAAAUACGUUUGGUAAUUCCAAAUUUCGCAAGCAAAAUUGUGACUUGGUUGAAUUUAAUCUCGAAGGCAAAGAUCAUGGCAAAUUAACAAUAAAGGCUCUCAGUUUUCCUGUAAUUUGCUCAUCUCUACCCACUAGAAUCAACAUCGAAGACUUCCCACACCUUGAUGGUCUUGAACUAGCUGAUGAGUUCGAACACGAUAGAAAUGAAUCAGUAGAUGUUCUUAUUGGUUCCGACUAUUAUUGGCAAAUAGUUAUUGGAGAAAUGCAGAAGGGAGAAUCUGGUCCAGUAGCUGUAAAAGACUCUCGGAUGGCUGCUUUCAGGUCCACUUCAUGAUUCAGCUGCGCCGACCGAAAUACAGUCAAACUUGAUCAUACCCGGACAGAGCGAGACAUUCAACCAUGGUACCUAUGAUGAAGAACAGAACGUAGUCGACACAUUGAAGAAGUUUUGGGAGACCGAGUCAAUUGGCAUCCAUCCAUCCGAAGACCCAGUUCGGAGUGAAGAAUUCUCUAAGUAUGUUUAUCGACAAGGAAACCGUUACGAAGUCAGUCUACCUUGGAAGAGUGAACACUUACCCAUUCCAAACAACUACGAGUUAUCCAGAAAUCGACUACGAUCAAUGCAUUUCAAGUUGCAAAAGAAACCAGAGCUUCUCAAGGAAUAUGAUCAGAUCAUAAAGGAACAGCUUUCUUCUGGUGUCAUCGAAGAAGUUCCAGAGAAAGAUAUCGAGAACCUCGAAGCCGACAGCAGCCAAUCACAAGAACCUCAGCGUAAAGAUAUACACUACAUCCCACAUCAUGCUGUAAUUCGGAAGAAUAGAGAGACAACAAAGCUACGGGUAGUGUAUGACGGUUCAGCCAAAUCGAAGGAUCAGCAACACGCUUUAAAUGACUGUUUAGAGACUGGUCCAAAUUCUAUCCCACACUUACUCGAUGUUUUACUCAGAUUUCGCUGGAAUCCCAUUGCGAUUUCAGCAGACAUAGAAAAAGCCUUUUUGAUGGUGGGAAUUAAUCCUCAUGAUCGAGAUAUGCUACGCUUUCUGUGGAUGAAGAAUCCAUAUGACCCACAGUCGAAUAUAAUCCACUUGCGAUUUUGUCGUCUUAUGUUUGGAUUGCGCCCCUCUCCAGCAAUACUGGGAGCAGUUCUUACUCAUCAUCUAAAUACAAGCAAAGAAUAUGAUCCUGAACUAGUCGAACUGAUCCAGAAAUCCAUGUACGUUGAUGAUUUUUUAUCUGGUUCUGGUUGUGUCGACGAGGGCAAGGAAAUCUACAAGAAUUCGAAACAAUUAAUGAAAGAAGCAAGCUUCAACUUACGAAAAUGGAACUCGAACUCUACCGAAUUGCUCAAAUACAUCAACGACGAAGAAAAUUCCCUGCAAAGCACCUCAACAUCCAAAAAAUUGAACGAUGGCAAUAUAACACAAGCAGAUGAAUCGUACACGAAAACGACAGUUGGCAACAAUUCACAAUCGACUGCAAAAUCAGUAAAGGUUCUUGGAACUUCCUGGAACACUAAGACGGACGAAUUUCAGUUUGAACUUGAUGAAUUGAUAACAUUCGCGAAAUCGCUUCCUUUGACCAAGAGAUCAUUUCUGAAAGUAUCUGCCAAGAUUUUCGAUCCACUAGGUGUUCUGAGUCCCUUUACCAUUGUUCUGAAAUGCUGUUUCCAAUCCAUGUGUGUCGAAGGAUUUGAUUGGGACGAUGAACUACAAGAACCAUACAAAAGGAUAUGGAUCUCUUUAAUGACCGAUUUGCUAUGUCUACAAAGGAUUCGUAUACCACGAUGUUAUUUCAAUACGUCAAUGAAGCCUACAAACACGCAAUUCCAUUCAUUCAGUGACGCGUCCAAGAAAGCUUAUGCGGCUGUGAUCUACCUACGAUCGAUUUACGAGGAUGGACACAUCGAAACACGUUUAGUGGCUGCAAAAACACGAGUAGCGCCUGUGAAAGCUCAAACGAUUCCAAGACUGGAACUGCUAAGCGCUGUAAUCUCCGCCAGACUGUCAAAUUCGAUAUCCAGAUGUCUUCCUGUUAACGAUGCAAUCGAAUUUACAUACUGGACAGAUUCCAUGACGACCCUUCAAUGGAUACAAAAUGAAAAACCUUGGAAGCAGUAUGUACAAAAACGCGUUCAAGAGAUUCGACAAGCUACACCAAGAGAACGAUGGAGACAUUGCCCAGGAGAUCAAAAUCCUGCUGAUAUACCUUCUCGGGGGUUAUCUGCUGAUGAGCUAAUCGAAAAUAAGUUAUGGUGGGAGGGGCCUGACUUCUUAAAGAAACCAGAAAGCGAAUGGCCAUGUGUUCCACAAGCUCGAGAAAUCGACGAAACAAGUCUCAAAGAGUUAGUAAAAUCUCCUCCACAUGUAACAUUUUCGUUUGUAAACACAGAAGAUAUGUCAACCGAUAAAGACGUGUCUCAAGUUAUCGAUUGUUCAAGAUUCAGUUCUCUGACAAAAUUAAUUCGUGUAACAGCGUAUGUUCUCAGAUUCAUCCGAUGUCUACGAUCGAAGGAACACGAUUUGCCAACGAUGAAAGAAUUAAAGGCGUCUGAAAUACGAGAAGCCGAAACCUGCUGGAUAAGGAGUGUUCAAGCCCAGUCCUACGAGCCUGAAAUCCGACAAUUACGAAUUGGUGGAACGACUCCCUUGGUGAAACAAUUGGGAUUGUUUAUCAACGAAGACAAAAUAGUAUGUUGCGAAGGACGAAUCCAACAUUCCAGCGUAUCUGAAGCAGCUAAGCAACCUAUAUUGCUUCCUUCGAAGCAUCAUGUCACUAAUCUAAUCAUUCGAGCAAGACACGAAAGCGUGCAUCAUGACGGAGUCAGAGAGACUUUAAAUUCUAUAAGAGAGAAGUACUGGAUUCCACGAGGUCGGGAGAUAGUGAAACAAAUCAUACGAAGAUGCAUUGUGUGUAAGAGAUUCGAAGGAAAGGCGUUCACGAGCAUGAAAGAACCACCCUUACCAGCUUGUCGAGUGAGCGAUGAUCCUCCGUUUUCAAAUACUGGCAUAGACUUCGCGGGCCCUCUGUACGUGAAAGACGAGUAUAAACAAAAGACCUAUAUUUGCCUAUAUACAUGUGCCUCAACCAGGGCUAUUCAUCUGGAACUCACCGAAGACCUGUCUGUAGAAUCAUUCCUAUUAUCGUUUCGUCGUUUCACAUCACGCCGAGGUUUACCAGCACGUUUAUUAUCUGACAAUGCAAAAACAUUCAAAGCGGCAGCGAAAGAGGUGAAAUUGAUUACAAGAUCGAAUGAAGUACAACGAUAUAUGUCGACGAAAGGAGUUACAUGGCAGUUUAUAAUCGAAAAAGCUCCAUGGCAAGGAGGAUUUUGGGAAAGGAUGAUCCAAAGUACCAAACGUUGCCUGAAGAAAAACCUUGGUCGCACAUCGCUAACUUUCGAGGAAUUGAGAACGGUUUUGGUGGAGAUCGAAGCAACGCUCAACAAUAGACCACUCACAUAUAUGUACGACGACGACGAAGGAGUAUCUUAUCCGCUAACUCCAUCUCAACUCAUAUACGGACGGCAGAUUAAUACCUCUCCGAAUGAUAAGCAAUUUGAAAUUGUCAGCACCCAAGAGGCAUUGACCAAGAAAGCGAAAUAUCAGAAAAGACUACUCGGACAGUUUAUAAAGCGUUGGAAAAAUGAAUAUCUCUUAAGUAUAAGAGAAGGAUCACGUGCUAUACAUGGAAAAGAACGAGCAACAAUUGCAAUCGGAGAUAUUGUGAUUUUAAAGGAAGAUGGAACGCCACUUCUAUUUUGGAAAUUGGCCAAGAUAAAAGAUCUAAUACAAAGCGCUAAUGGAAUAAUACGAGCUGCAAGAAUUCAACUUGUAAAUGGUGAUAAAGUAAAGACAACGGAGCUACGUAGGCCCAUACAACAUCUCAUUCCAUUGGAAUUGCAUAUGGAACCCGAAUUACCUAGCCCAACUGACGAAGACGUUUCUACUGCGUCACCACCAGCUAUCGAGACAACGACGAAAGGUCGACCGAGACGAACAGCUGCAGUUAUUGGAGAACUUUUACGUAAAGGACAAUAACAGACUGAACAUUGAUAAUUAUAGAAAAGUAUAUGUUAUGGUUACUAUUAAUAUCUUUCAAUUGAUCAUCAUAGCUGAUCAACCCGGCCAGUGUGAUAAACAUUUAAAUUUAAUUUAUGUUGACUUAAUUUAUGCCAACCAAUAGCAGAACUGUUGCUAUAGAGACAAAGGUCAUACGAUUUAUAGCUCGAACACGAUAUGACUCACAAGCUCGAACACGAUAUGAUUUAUAGUUUUUUGUAUAGAGUUUUACGUUCAUAUUUUAUACCAAAUGUUCAAGAAAUUAUAGAAAUAAAUACGAUAUUCAAUACUAUUUCAGAACCAUCCUCAGAGAUAGGAAAACUAGUUUCAUAUUAAUCUGACACUGCAAUCGAGCAACGAAAAAUUCGUUGGCUCGAGCGGGACUUGAACUCGCAUCUUCGGGUAUCUAGACCGCCGCUCUACCUAUUGAGCUAUCGAGUCAACAGGGAUUGGUAACGAGUCUUAUCCAAUUUAAGUGCACGAAAUAUUUUCGUGACGACUUAACGCUUGUCUUUGAGGACGCGCAGUGUUUCAAUUCUAUUUCAGAACCAUCCUCAGAGAUAGGAAAACUCGAUAGGAAAACUCGAUGUUGACUCGAUAGCUCAAUAGGUAGAGCGGCGGUCUAGAUACCCGAAGAUGCGAGUUCAAAUCCCGCUCGAGCCAACGAAUAUUCAAUACAGUUACAUCCUUUCACAAGAUUAACAAAAAGAACUUCGAUCUUCUGGAAAAAUAUGAUGUAACGCUAUCGGACGGGUCGUGUAUCAAAGUUGUAUUACAGGAGGAUUCCCUUAUAUCCGCUAUCUACACAAAUACAAUUUUUUAUCAGUCGAUCGGCCAAGAAUUCUGCAUCAUAUUUGAUAUUUUGUAUGCUAAGUUGGGUACGGAAGCACCGGCUGAAUCACAUUAUCAUAUUGUUGAAACACAAGAAAUGGAUGGUGGUCAGAAUUUGUCAACUCUAAGCAUGAGAGCAAGGAUUGACAGUUGCUUGCCUCCAACAAUCCAGUGUGAAAAGUCUGUUCAGGAAAUUGCAGCUCUUUACUUGAAAGGUGACAAAGAUAAGGGGCUUAAACGCCACAGUUUACCUAUAUUCCAAGACACAAGGUCUGUAGCCAAACAGAACAAUGGCAUGUCCAUCGUCUUAUCGAGGCACGCUAAUGCUCCUACUCCAUUGCCAUUUCUGGUUUAAAAAUUAAAGAUCGAGAUGGCCUGCUGCUAAAAACAUAAAAUAUGACACAGUAUUUCUAGUAUAAAAAUACUAGCACAGUAGCACUAGAGAUACAUAAACCUUAAAUUUCAGCAAAACUGAAGUGAAGUUACCUGUAAUCAUUGCAAACUUGUUGAAAAAACUAUGCAUUAGGUUUUAAAUGUACAGAGUUUUGUUGGAAAUUCUCUUACCAAAUGUGUUAAUCGUAAUGACACUGCUGGUGUAGUUAAGUUUCCCCUGAUAUGCUAGGGGUAGUUAUAGGAUAUGAGCCGCGCAAAUUAAAAGCCGCGCAAAUUAUUUUUCGAUUUUGCACCGUAUCCACGCAAACAAACGGAGCGAAAAUUAAUUCCCCGCGCAAUUUGCAAGCAUUCCAGUCUGGUUACCAGCAGCACCAGGAAUACCAUCAGCAUCCCCACACCCAACAUCAUUUCUUCAUAAGUGGAAACAUCAGUAAUCACAACAAGUGGAAAUUUGACCAUAUUUUUACUUUGCUUUACACGUUUAUAUUACGCUUUUGAUUCAAAAACCCAAGAAUACUGAUUCCGAUAUGGAUAAGAAGACUUUGGAGGCAAUUCUUGAUAAAAAACUAGAUCCAAUUAAUGUCAAAGUAAGGGAAACAAACCUAGCGGUCGAAGACUUAAUGAAAUCGAUUAAGUUCACGAGUUCGCAAUAUGAUGACAUGAUUAAGAAAUCAGAGGAAGUUGAGAAAGUAAAUAAAGAUGUCAUCCAAGAGAACGAAAGACUAAAGGCCGAAUUACUUAGGACGGUGAAUGAAGUUAACCAGCAGAAAGUCACCAUUAACAAUCUUGGAAAUUAAAGGCAUACCGGUACACACUGAAGGUAGUUCAAGGUCUGAUGAUCUGAAUGACAUAGUUGCCAACACUAUUGGAGUGCAGAUGGAUAUGAAAGAUAUCUCGGUAGUACAUCGACUUCCUAGGAGACGGAUCUCAAAUGUUUCAGAGUCCUCUGAUAAUUUACAAGAACAUCAACCACCAAAUGUAAUUGUUAAAUUCGUCAGGCGAGAAGUGAGAGAUAACUUUUAUCAUGCUAGAAGAAAUCUGAAGGAUAAAUCUUGGAUUUACCUCAACCAGCCGAAUUUUUGUUUCAGAAAGCUUGACAGAAAUGAACAAAAGAUAAAGUUAUGUAAAGAUGAAAGAAGUCCUGUGGUGAAUAUUCAUUCCAUUGACGAUAUUCAGAAGUUACAAGUUAAUCAUUAAGAUAAAUCACAAUAAGUUACUAUAAAAUAUGUUGAGUUUUUCAAAUGAUUGAGUAUACAAACUUACCUUAUUUGCAUAUUGAUGUGGAAUGUACCUAUCAAGGAUAUUUCCCCUUUAAGUAACUCUGAUUCGAAUUUACAUAUUUCAUCUUCUAUAAAUUUUAAUUAUUAUUCUCCAAAUGACAUUAAAGAAAAUGAGGACAUUAUAGAUCUUCUUUCUGAUAACUCUGAGUCAUUCGCAGCAUUGCAUUGUAAUAUUAGAAGCCUAUCUGCUAAUUAUGACUCUCUAGUUAACUUAUUGUCUCAACUUCAUUUCCAUUUUAAUAUAAUAGGAAUUACUGAAACCAAAAUUAAGUUGAAUGAG